AUGCACUACACAACUGUACAGGAAGCGAGCUGCAUAAUGAAAGUGUUUUGUUUUUCGGAAUCAACAUAUUUCAAAAAUGCAGCUGAUGAUUUGAUUGAUGCUGGGAGCCCAUAUUUAAAAUUCAAUUUCUGGCUGGUAGGUGGCUUGAUUAUAAGCCGUGUGAGCCAAAUGACUCGAGAUACCGUGGCUGAAGUGUCCUAUCGGCUCAGUGGUGAUGUCUCUGGAAUGUCGGAUGGCCCACCAUACCGGAGAACCGUUUUAGAGGAUAUCGGGAUCUUCGAUGCGCCCUUCUUCAAUCUCACCAAGCAUGAGGCUGAGUCUCUUGACCCAGAACAACGUGUGAUAUUCGAACGUACAUGCGAGGCUCUUGAGAAUGGAGGCAUUACUUUAAAAUCAUUGGCCGGUGAGCAGGUGGGCAUUUUCGUGGGCACCUCGCUCUCAGACUACGAUUUGAACAAUUACAAAGACAGUGAAAAUAUUUCACGGUCGCAGCUCACAAGCAUCCCUUUGGCAACCGGCUUCGGCAUAGUAGUUGCUGUUGGAGAUGAGGUAGCGGAUUUUCAAGUUGGUGACCGGGAUUGCGUUGUCUCAGAAGGGGCCUUUGCGAACUAUUCCCGCGUUCGAGGAACAAGCGCCUGGAAAAUCCCGGGACAAUUGAGUCUCAAAGUGGCCACAUCCAUCCCGAUUGCAUUCUGCACACCCUUCUAUUUCUUGUUCGAAGUUGGACGACUGCAGCCUGGAGAACGGAUUCUUAUUCAUACAGCGGCAGUCAUCUUGGCCAAACCGAUUAGUGCAGAAAUCUUUGCAACAGUUGGUAGUGUUAGUGAAAAGAAGUUCCUAAUUGAAACUCACGAUAUCGACGAAAACCGGAAAUUUUUCAGUCGUGAUUCCCCUUCCGCUGAGGGGAUUCGCAAAGCGACGAAUGGUGUGGGUGUUGAUGUAGCAUUGAACUCCCUGGCUGGAGAUACACUACGGGCGACUUGGGAAUCCAUUGCCCCUUUUGGGCGAUUUAUUGAAAUGGCUGGUGAAAAAGAUGCUAUUUGGAGUCGUCAAGAUGUAUCCACAAGGAAGAAAGCAGGCACCUUGUGCUCUCCAGAAGCCUCUUACCUCAUUGUUGGCGGGACGGGGAGUCUUGGCCGCAAUAUCACGUCGCGGCUAGCUGAGAAAGGGGCCCAACGUAUAAUUGUCAACUCACGAACUGGUAGCAAAUAUCAAAGAGUUGGGAUGCCAGUCAGGGAACUUUCUGCUAACGGAGCGACAGUCGUCGUAUACCGGUGUGAUCUAAAGCGAAUACGAUGCUGUCGUGAAACCCAAAGUUGCUGGAGUCUGGAAAAUCCACCACGCAUUCUAGGAUUAAACUGCAACCUUGAUUUCUUCAUCAUACUCUCCUCAAUAGCCAACCUUGUUGGUAACCGAGGUCAAGAAGCAUACGCCGCGGGAGGCACAUUUAUGUCAGCUUUUGGACACUAUAGGAACGCGUCCAUGACCGUUAAAAAAAAUAGUGGUCGACCCCUUGGUACAAAGGUAUCGGUAAUGAUGAUGAAGUCCGUCGACGAGAUCGACCGUUCAAAACCACUGGGAGCUUACGGGUUGGACUCCCUUAUUACCAUUGAGAUGGGCAUUAAGUUGACGGGUGAAGGCUUAUUCCGUCGAGGAAAAAUAUUUGAUCCUCAGUUUUGGACGAAGAUGGCCAGAAUCGAUGAGCAGAUUGGAUAUGAUAGCGGAACAAAGGCUAAUUCUAACGAUCAUGACCUAAAUAAUGAGGACAUCAGAGCGCUGUUAGGGUAUGGCAACGCGGAACCCGGUAUUCCGGCCCGAUUCCGGCGCUCGUGCCCUUGGCUGCAAACAACACUUCACUUCAGAGCGCUUUUCAACUCCAACCCCACAACAUCGCCUGAAUCCUUCAGCAAGCUGCGAAAAGAAGAUGCUCUAGGGAAGCACCAGAAGCGAAAUGCGAAUAUGAUUCUGCUCCGCCCUUGCAACGACAUUUCUGUCCGCAGCUCGCAAAAUUCACAAGCGCACCGACGUCGUGCUAGCCCUAGCUUCCAGCUGGUUGGAGCAAUUUCUGAGACUCCACCCGAAUCGGACAAGUCUCAUGAGGGCGAUGAUGAGGGAUCGGUCAUCCAAGAUGAUGAAAAGCUGGACGGUCCUAGCGAUGUUCAGCUGUCUGCUCAUCGCGAUCAAAAUUUUCCUUUCAGAAUCCGCACACUUAGUAAUUACGAAAGAAGGCGACAAUCUCACAAUAUUCGACCGCAUACUCCGGAAGAUCCGGAUAUUACCCUAAAAGCUCAACAAUCUAGUGACUCGGAUAUAUCUGAAGAAGAAGUUAAUGACAAAGAAGACUCACCAGAACCCUCUGAAGGCGAUAAUGAAACGAAUGACGCCAACUUCUUUCUUUCACGGGUCCGACAAGCUGUGUUCCAGAGAACGGGUGUCUCAAAACCCGGAAGCACAGUUCAAUCUGAUCGAGAGCUAAAGCGAUUAGAUAAAAUAGCAAAUCGGAAGGGAAAAUCAUCAAUAUUAUCUGCUAAUUCAACGGACCUUCGCCUUCCCCACCGCACUGUUUCCAACAAGUUGGUCUCUACUUAUCUUAUGCGGGAGUUUGUCAAUCUACCGUUAUUCCAGCGGGACACGUUCACUGACCGUUAUGAGAAACUGUGGGGAAAUGUGAAACUGUGGGACUCAGGAACAGAAGUUUUAGAUAAAGAUUGUUUAUUUAUUAGUUUUCUCUUCGGAGUGUUUGCCCUGGCUACCCUGCUACUCAACCCAGGUGACCUUAAAGAUGCUGAACAGUACUUCGCACGUGCACAAAAUCUUGUAUUUCUGAAUGGAAUUGAAAAAGGAGGAAUUUUACAUAUUCAGGUCUAUCUUGUCCUAGCCCAAUAUCUGGUUGCGGAUAAUAAUCUACCUGUUGCAUGGAAGUUUGUCGGCCUCGCUAUACGUGCUGGCCAGUCUCUGCAUUUGCAUCUUGUAUCUGGAAGCCACCAUUUGACUUUGAGGGACAACCAGGAGCUAGCGAGACGAGUUUGGCAUUGUUCAUUGAUGCUAGAACGGAUUAUUGCCAUGAAAAUGGGCAUUACAACCUUAACGAAACAUUCUUUCGAAACCCCUCUUCCUAUUCCCGGUGAUCGGGACUACAUCGACCGCCUCUCGUUCAAUGACUCGGCGGACCGAAACGCGACAGUUGAUCGUCCCUCAAUCAUAGAAUUCUUUAACAACUCGACGCGCCUCUACAAUCGAUAUAAUGACAUCAUUCUGAUCCAAGAGGAACUCCGAUCAACUAGUAACUCCGGCGCACGCAAGAAGAUUGAUGCCUUAGAUCCCCAACUACUCAUAAGUGUCGAUCAAUCCCUCGCCAACUGGCAAGCUGGAUUGCCGCCUUUUCUACACCCAGACACCAACGUCAACUCAUUGAACUACCUCCUAGCGAAGCGACAACACAACAUCCUCCGUAUCCGCUAUCUACACAUGCGUCUCCUCCUCUGGCGCCCGCUAUUGGCCAUAGUUGCGGCCACUUCACCGGACAUUGACGCGCGCUCACGAAUGCAAAAGCCCACCUCCCAACCAUCACGGCGAGGGUUAGCUAUAGAUAAAAUCGAGAUACCGCUGACUCACAUAAUCGCUCAUGAAAGCGCGGUAAAAUGCAUUCUCGCCGCAGCGGAGAUAAUCAAUAUUAUCGACGAAGUCGAGAGUCGUGGUACAGAUGUCAUAAAUGGGUAUGACACCCUCUCCAUACCAGCGGUUUGGGAGACUACAGGAUAUGUGUUUGCAUGUGCGCAGGUUUUCAUUGCUGCUCGCAGGUGCCCUAAGGGCGUAAUAGACGACCUUGGAGGGAUGCAAGUUAUUAGCGAAGGAGCAUGGACGAGUAUUGAGUUGAUGAGGAAAUAUGCCAUUAUUUGGCCUCGCGCGAAAGUUUGUUUGAUGGCGUUGGAGAAGUUGGAUUCCAUGUUUCCCCCUGGGAGGGAUGAAUAUACUGAUGGACCACGCGAUAAUGCGAUGAAUGAUUUGUCGUGGUUGGAAUGCCUGCCGAUUGAUCUGCAAAGUUAA